AUGGAGGUGAAGACUGCUCUCAUUCAUCUGGUGCAGGGCAAGCAAUUUCAUGGCCUGGCACAUGAAGAUCCAUUCAAACAUAUCACCUGUUUCUUGGAGAUAUGCAACACAGUGAAGCUUCAAGGUGUUCCAGAUGACUUCAUUAGGCUCAGUCUAUUCCCAUUCUCUCUCGAAGGCAAUGCCAAGGAGUGGCUCACUUCAUUUCCAGAAAAUAGCAUCACUUCAUGGGAUGAUUUGGUGGCAAAGUUUUGCAACAAAUACUUCCCUCAAUCCAAAGUAACAAAAGGGAAGCAAGAGAUUUCAUCUUUCCAGCAGGGUUUUAGUGAGACAUUGGGAUUAGGGUCCCAAAAUAAGUUGAUGUUGGAUGCCUCAUCUUGCGGAAACAUCCGUUGGAAGACUCCACAGGAAGCCCGGGUGCUCAUUGAAAACAUGGCUGCUAAUGAUAAUGAAGCACAGAAUGAGAGGGGGCAACAAAGAGGUGUCCUACAACUCCAGUCUCAUGAUGCCAUACUGGCCCAAAAUAAACUCAUGAGCCAACAGCUUGAAAUCCUCAUGAAUAAAGUCUCACAGUUGCAAGAGCAUCAAAAUGUGUCACAUGCCCAACAUCAAGGGUGUUUAAUCUGUGGUGGAGGGCAUAUAAGUGGCCAGUGUAUGAAGGAAGGCAUGACCCAAGAAGAUGUAAACUACAUGGGUAAUCAAAACCGGCCAAACAAUUUCAACCAAGGUUGGAGACCCCACCCUAGCAUGGGCCAAGGGCAAGCUGGGCCAUCAAACAUACCACCACAUCAACAAUACCAACCUCACUCUGCUUGUGCUGAAAAAUCCUCUAAGUUGGAAGAGACUCUCCAACAGUUUAUGCAAGUCUCCAUGUCUAAUCACAAAAGCACUGAAGCUUCCAUUAGAAACUUGGAGAUCCAAAUGGGCCAAUUGGCCAAGAAGUUGGAAGAGAAAUCCGACAAGGGUUUUGGAGCCAAUACUGAAGCUAACCCGAAGGAAGAAUGUAAAGUUAUCACCACAAGAAGUGGUAAGGUAAAAGAGAAAGAGAAGCAAUAUGGGCGGUUUAUGGAGAUAUUCAAGCAAUUGGAGAUCAAAAUACCCUUCUCGGAAGCAUUAAAGCAAAUGCCGGCCUAUGCCAAGUUUAUGAAGGAGCUUCUGACUAAAAAGAGGAAGUAUAUUGAAGCAGAAACCAUUGAAGUUCAAGGGAAUUGUAGUGCCAUCAUUCAAAAGCUUCUUCCANCGAAGUUUAAAGACCCUGGUAGUUUUACUAUCCCAUGCACUAUUGGGAAGUUGGCUAUUGGGAAGGCUUUGAUAGAUUUGGGAGCAAGCAUCAACUUAAUGCCCCUCUCUAUGUUCAAGAAGAUUGGAGAGUUGGGAUUGAAGCCUACUCAUAUAACUCUCCAACUAGCUGACAGAUCCAUUAAAUACCCUCAUGGGGUGGUGGAAGCGUGUUAG